UGUGGCUUUGAUCUCCACACCUUCCUCCUCCUCGUCCGCCGCCGCUGCCCGGUCUCACCAGGUUGCAGGUGCGCGUGUCUUGCCCUUGUAUCGUGUCUGCUGGUGGUGGAGGAAGCGGAGGUUGGCGAAGAGGACCCCAAAUUCCUGCAUCUGCCUCCACCACAUCAACUAAUCAGCUGGGGCGGUUGCGAGGGCCACGGGAGCAGCGGAGGAACCAAGAUGAAGAAAUGUGUGCCAGGAGGCGGAGCCGCGUCCGGUGCGCGUAAAAGCUCCAACAACAAUGAGCUGUGGCUCUUCAGAGACGAGGAGUGCGCACCCCUCACUUCCUCCGAUCUGUCGCGCCACAGAGAUGCUCCUGGCACAGAGUGGGAACACAGGCGCGCAGGAUACACAGGCUCAGAUGAGACAGCGGUAGGAGAGACAGCCAUCGGAAUGAUAUGCAAUAAAAACGGAGAUUGUAGAAGGGACCCGACCAGUUCAGGGAGCCUCUCCUCUCUCAUCUCAAGGCAGGAGAAGCAGCCAGAUGGAGUAGCAACGGCGGCAGCAGCGUCAGAGGACAGCAAGGGGCUGGCUGCGUGCAUGGACGGCUCCAUUAAUUCACCGGGGCCCCUCAACCAGGGGCCCGGGGCCGAAGUGAAGACCGUGGCAGCGAUGGAGAAAAAGGACUCCAGAGUGUCCUUCUCCUAUGCCCCGACUAGUAAAGGACAGACCCCGAGUCUGCAGUCGAGAAGUUCUGUGACAUUCACUAAAGCUGAGGACGGCUCUCAGAUCGUGCCGGACGAUGGAGACUCCAGGGGCAAUCAGACUUACAUGCAGCGGCAGUUCAGCUCCAUGCUUCAGCCAGGAGUCAACAAAUUCUCCCUGCGCAUGUUCGGCAGCCAAAAGGCAGUGGAGAAAGAGCAGGAGCGAGUUAAGUCUGCGGGGAACUGGAUUAUUCAUCCGUACAGCGACUUCAGGUUCUACUGGGACUUCACCAUGCUGAUGUUCAUGGUGGGCAACCUGAUCAUUAUCCCCGUGGGCAUCACCUUCUUCAAGGAGGAGACCACCACACCUUGGAUCAUCUUCAACGUCUUCUCCGACACCUUCUUCCUCAUAGACCUGGUUCUCAACUUCAGGACUGGUAUUGUGUUUGAGGACAAUACGGAGAUCAUCCUCGACCCCAAGAAGAUCAAGGAGAAGUACCUCAAGAGCUGGUUUGUGGUGGACUUUGUCUCCUCCAUACCUGUGGAUUAUAUCUUCCUCAUCGUGGAGAAAGGGAUUGACUCUGAGAUGUACAAGACGGCCCGGGCGCUCCGCAUCGUCCGCUUCACUAAGAUUCUCAGUCUGCUGCGUUUGCUGAGGCUCUCCAGACUCAUCCGUUACAUCCACCAGUGGGAGGAGAUCUUCCACAUGACCUAUGACCUGGCCAGCGCUGUGAUGCGAAUAAUCAACCUGAUUGGUAUGAUGCUGCUGCUGUGUCACUGGGACGGCUGUCUCCAGUUCCUGGUGCCCAUGCUGCAGGACUUUCCGUCGGACUGCUGGGUCUCCCUCAACAAGAUGGUGAAUGACUCAUGGAGCGAACUCUACUCCUUCGCACUCUUCAAGGCCAUGAGCCACAUGCUGUGCAUUGGAUAUGGAAGACAAGCCCCAGAGAGCAUGUCGGACAUCUGGCUGACCAUGCUGAGUAUGAUCGUAGGAGCCACCUGCUACGCCAUGUUCAUCGGCCACGCAACUGCACUUAUCCAGUCUCUGGACUCGUCUAGACGCCAGUACCAGGAAAAGUACAAACAAGUGGAGCAGUACAUGUCUUUCCACAAACUACCAGCUGACUUCCGACAGAAAAUCCAUGACUACUACGAGCACAGAUACCAGGGCAAGAUGUUUGAUGAAGAGAGCAUCCUGGAGGAGCUUAAUGAGCCUCUGCGCGAGGAAAUCGUCAACUUCAACUGCCGGAAGCUGGUCGCAUCCAUGCCGCUGUUCGCCAAUGCUGAUCCCAACUUUGUGACGGCUAUGCUCACCAAAUUGAGAUUCGAAGUCUUUCAGCCCAGAGACUACAUCAUCAGAGAGGGCACCAUCGGCAAGAAGAUGUACUUCAUCCAGCAUGGGGUGGUCAGCGUCCUGACCAAAGGAAACAUGGGCAUGAAGCUGUUGGACGGCUCCUAUUUUGGAGAGAUCUGUCUACUGACCCGAGGUAGACGGACGGCCAGCGUGCGAGCGGACACCUACUGUCGCCUCUACUCUCUUUCCGUGGACAAUUUCAACGAGGUGCUGGAGGAGUAUCCCAUGAUGAGGAGGGCCUUUGAGACGGUCGCCAUUGACAGAUUGGACAGAAUAGGCAAGAAGAACUCAAUCCUGUUGCACAAAGUUCAACAUGACCUAAACUCGGGUGUUUUCAACAACCGUGAGAAUGAGAUGAUCCAGGAGAUAGUGAAGUACGAUAGAGAGAUGGUUCAACAGGUGGAUGUACCACGACCACGAGCCAUGUCCCUGACACCUUCUCUUCAUGGUGGGAUCUUCACUCCUAUGGGUUCCUCCACCCAGCCUCAAAAUUCAGCGGUUGGCACUUUGCAGCAGGCCUUAGCCAUGAACUUUUGUCCCCCGAUGCAAGGGAACUCAUUUGGAGCGGGGAAUAUGCAGUCUCCAAGGAUGGUGAGGAGAUUCCCGGUGGUGCAAAGCGUAUCCAGCCCUGUGGCAGCCUCUCCCAUGCAGUCUCAGCUCCUUGCUUCUGGUGCCUUUGCUCCGGUCCUGUCCAGCCCUCCAGUCCAGAGCCCACUAGUAGUUGCAGGACGAUCGUUCCAGUAUGGGUCCAGUUCCAUGGCAGGUCCCACCUCAGGCUCCCAGCUUUCUCUAGUCCAGCAGCACUUAUACAGCCCUGCACACCGGCCAAGCACAUUCAAGAGCACGCAUUCCUUGCAAAUGGGCAGUUUGAGCCAAGACGCCAGGGCCCUGUCUGCCUCUCAGCCCUCACUGCCUCAUGACGGGGUGCAACCAGCUGCCCCCAGUCCACCACAGUCUACACGAGUCUCUUCUUCGUCCAUCGGACCCCCUCAGACCCCAUCAGGUCACACAACCGUUCGGAGUGGUAUACCACAGAGGGUGGUUCUGCCGCAUCAAAUGUCUAUGGGGGCAUUCCCCUUAGCAUCACUGCCUGGUUCUGGACAGAGUUUUGGGGCCGUUGCAGGGCUGUCAGUAGGGGGGAUGGGAACAGGUCAUGGAGACUCAGGACAACCCAAAAAGGACUCUAUAGUGAGCCUUCCUGAGACUGACCACAUCAAAGUUAGAUCCAGGUUAUCCUCAAACUUGUGAUCUUAAUUAGACUCUUGGGAGGGAGUGACUCAAUGGGGGCUUGACUGCAGGAUCACGGGAAGGAUUUCUGUUCUCCUUUCUACAGUUCCUCGUCACUCUACCUGUUCCAGUUUGACUAUACGAAUGUAUGAAUGUUGAGUGAGUGGCAGAAAGGAUCAUUUGAGAGGUUAACUGUUUUAAGAUCAAGUCUGUAUGGUGACUUUGGAAGCUGCAGCAUUGAUAUGUUUCUACUCAGACAUAGAAGAUGCACAGAACAGUGGUUAUACAGCAAAGUAGCAUCUGCCAUCUCUUUAUUAAUUGUAUUUCACAACAUAGUUAGCAACAGAUGGGCAUACCUGCUUCACUUACCCUUUCAUUGAACUCAUGUGAUGAAAAUUUUGGGUCAGAUUGGACUAAAGGAAAAUCAGGGACCUGCUUCAGAUAUCAGAAGUUAGCACGUUAAUUUUAACCACCGCUUCUAUCAUAUUUUUCAUGAAGGCCGCCUUUCAUUUCCUCACAGAUGCAUAAUUAUUGUGAUUGCAUAAUGUUUGAAUGCUAAUUGGUGUUGGUUUGAACAGUUUUAAAUAUUUAUUCAAGUAGCUCAUUAGACCAAAUUUGUAAGCACAAAAUUUAACAAUUUCUAAAAAAGAGAGACUCCAGUGGUUUAAGCCAUAUUUCUGUGAGAUCACUGAUAUGACGUUAUGAACAAGAGUGUGUUGUCAGUAGGAUCUAGUUUGCCUCUUUUGUAAGUCUUCCCUGCCUCCCUACGGAUAAAUGUGUGAGGUUGUAGAAUCCUCAGAUAACAUACGAUGAAUAUCCUUCAAACUGAAAUUACAUCUGUGGGACAAAUGACUUUGUUCCAGCCACGCCAUUGAUUUCUACAGGAAACGGCUGCAUUUUUUUUUAUUUAAAGCUGCAUUCGUCAAUAAUUUUUAAAUCAACAGUGAAUCAAAUGACUACAUGCAAUGCAACAGGAACCUGCCCAGAAUGAUUACGCACCUUUAUUUUGUAAAUGGACAAUUGUAGCCUCUAGUACUCAUUGUUUUGGUGAUAAGACCCACAAUUACUCCACCAGCAGAGCUUUUAAAUAUUUCCUCCAUCCUCCCACAACACCUCGAAAAUAAUGAGUCAUCACGUGAAUCACACAACACUUCUUUUUCUCCUUCUUAGUGGUAGAGUGCUAUUUAAAAUUGCCUUAACCUCCAUGAGAUAUUUACACCAGUCACAAGGGAUUGAUGUUUUUCUGUCACUCAGCUGACUGUACCGUGACCUUACUACACCAUUUUACUGUGGUUCCCCAGGGGAAGGGUGCCAAAAAAAUGGAAUGGGAGGGGCUGAUUAUUUUGGCACUAUUCCUAAUGGAAAAAGUAUAGGUACUUAACCUUACUAUACCAAACCUAACCUGAUAUCUGCAAUUCAGUUACAGACAAACCCCUUACACAUGUAAUGAAAUUGUAUUUUCUGAAUACACUGGCAGCACCAUGUGUAAAGCCAGUAUUUUAUUUAAUGGUUGUUGCCUCCAUCUCUGGUGAUACAUCCUGCUCAUUUUAUGUCUUAAUAUAAUAUUUUUAUUUACACAUUGAACCUUUAAAAAAAAAACAAAAAAAAACAAAUUGUCAAAUGUCAGCUGUUGCUCUUUAGCUUGCACACACCAGUUAAAUUAAUGUAGAAACUGACCAUUGUGUGGUCUGAAGCUGAUUAAUGAUUUGGUUUGUUCCUGUACAUUUCUUUAAAAAAUGUAAUAGCAAAAUGACUCUACAGAUAUAU